GAAAAAAAACUGUGCCAUUAUUCAAAGGUCUAAUAAUCUGCUUAAGAGGUUUAAUGGCUACAACAGUUGUUUAUAGCACGUUGAUGGUGCUCUUAGCUGGAAGUGACCGAGACUUUGAGGAUUUGUGGAAUGUAACCGGCGCCGAAAACGACCCUUCUGCAAACAAACACUCGCUUCCCAUUUCUGACGUCAUCGCUGGGGGGAACUUCCGGAGUGGCCUGGUUGACACAUGGGGAUCAUCUACAUUUGAAACGGUAUCCGUCAGUGGUAUGAAUAAGGUAGGCGAUGUCUUCUUUGAAGUUGAGUACAACAUAUCGGGAACUUUCCCAUUCCUUUCAUCUUGGAUGACCCAGACCAACAUUGUAUAUUCUACACACGGUGUAAUUACCGACAUGAGCGUUACUUUGAGUGAUUCAAACUACCGGGUUUUGGUGGAGCAGCAAAGUACCGGUACAGCAUGGUUUACGAUUACUUUUGGACCUCUAUCAUACCCAGGAAUGCCCCGAAUGUUUGCAGCACGGAGAAAGAACGUUCCCUUUGUGCCACCUGUCGUUCUCGAUGGCAAUUUGGGAUGUGCGUUGCUUACCGAUCUGGUGAAUACCACUCUGAUGUUAACAGAUUCUGCCAACAUGUCGCCUACAAUGUGUACCAAUACAUGCUGGGGCAUAUCUGCUCUUGCUUUAACUGUGACUGCACAACACUGUUACUGCGGGGAUAUCGGGUCAGUACCGCUCAGUGAAAACCCAUCCCAAUGCUACUACCCGUGUCCGAAUACGCAGGAGAUAUGUGGAGGGUUAACAUCUGACUACGGGAGUGCCUACCACGUUGACGAAGGAGAUAUUGCCCCGAAUGUGGGUCCACACUUUAUCAACCGCGUGUCAGUCAAUGACGAGAUUUCAUCAACUGUCACGUUCAUCUUUCGAUACAGUAACAUUGCUUGUGCGUUGGCAACUCCUACCGACUUUCGUUCCCUGCAGCAACAGACUUUUUAUGCGGCUGGAACCGUUUACGAGAUACCUUUAAUUCAGAUGGGUUGCAUCAUCAUCAGCUUAUCAACUCCCGUGAGCGAUGUCCUGGUCACUCUAGGAGGUCCUCGAGGUAAAGUGGCCCGUAUCACUUUGACACCUUGA